AUGAGAUAUGCCCUGAAUAAAGCUCCAGUUUACCGUGAAGGAUUUCCAGUCUAUGAAAAAUACGUGUCCAUUCCUGCGGAGCGAGCUGUACGAAUUUCGUCCCAAAGAGUGAGUUUACUAGACUCGAAUGGAAACUUAUGUCUGGGUUACUCCUCAAUAUCUCGAACCCUGAAAGACGGACUUGAAAAGAAUCUCGUGGAACUGAAAACAACUGUGAUCUACAAGACAAACCCGGAGAAGGUAUAUAUAACCAUACUGUAUGGCGUUAACAACACAAUUUCACUGGAGGACAUCAAAGAGAAGAACUUCACCGUUACGAUUCUUACUCGUUACAAUGUGACCCUCUUAAGAGACACUGACUGUACACAAGUG